AUGGCUGACAAAGAGAGUCUGCAUUCAUCAGGAGAUGGAAGGAGAAUUCCAAUUUCCAAUUUCUUUACUGAUGCCAGACUAGUUUUGAAACCUGACAAUCUUGGACGUGAAAUAUUAUCAAUUGCAUUGCCUUCAGCAAUGGCUUUGACAGCUGACCCUAUCGCUUCAUUGGUUGACACAGCAUUCAUUGGUCAAAUAGGUCCAGUGGAGCUUGCUGCUGUAGGAGUGUCCAUAGCUCUCUUCAAUCAGAUAUCGAGGAUUGCAAUAUUCCCACUUGUCAGUGUCACUACCUCUUUUGUGGCUGAGGAAGAUACCCUUAAUGGAGCCAGCCCUCUGGUAAAGGAGAGUAAAUGCUUGAAAACAGGUCCAAUUAUGGAUGCUGAAAUGAAAGAGCUUAUACCACAUGAAGACACUGGUGCAAAUGUUCACAAAUCAGAUAUGGUUGGUGUUAGCUUUAAUAUGGUUAAGGUUAAGCAUAAGAGAAGGCAAGUCCCUUCUGCUUCAUCAGCAUUAGUUAUCGGUGGCAUUCUUGGCCUCAUCCAGGCAAUAGUCCUCAUAUCUGCUGCAAAACCUUUAUUGAACUUCAUGGGAGUAGCAUCUGACUCUCCUAUGCUAAACCAUGCACAAAACUACUUGACAUUGAGGUCCCUUGGUGCUCCUGCAGUUCUUCUCUCAUUAGCAAUGCAGGGAGUCUUCCGAGGAUUUAAAGACACUAAACCACCUUUAUAUGCAACUGUGGCAGGAGAUGUGACCAACAUAGCACUAGACCCUUUAUUCAUAUUUGUAUUCCACUUGGGUGUCAGUGGUGCAGCCAUUGCUCAUGUCAUAUGUCAGUACUUAAUUUGCGUUAUACUCCUGUGGAGCUUGAUGGAAAAAGUGGAUCUUAUACCUCCAAGCAUCAAGCAUCUUCAAUUUGAUCGAUUUCUUAAAAAUGGUUUUCUAUUAUUAAUAAGAGUAAUUGCUGUAACAUUCUGUGUGACUCUGGCAGCAUCGUUAGCUGCACGCCAGGGAUCAACAUCCAUGGCUGCAUUUCAAGUCUGCCUGCAGGUUUGGUUGGCAGUGUCUCUUCUUGCUGAUGGUCUAGCUGUUGCGGGGCAGGCUAUUCUUGCAGGUGCAUUUGCUAACAAGGACUAUGACAAGGCCAAAGCAACCGCAUCCGGAGUAUUAAAGUUGGGUUUGGUUCUGGGAAUGGCUCUUGCAUUCAUUCUUGGAACAGGACUGCAUUUUGGAGCUAAACUAUUUACAAAAGAUGUUGAUGUCCUCCACCUCAUUAGAAUUGAUUAUUUUUAUCAGUUCGUAGAAGCCACUCAACCUAUCAACGCUUUGGCAUUUGUAUUUGAUGGUAUAAACUUCGGGGCAUCAGAUUUUGCAUAUUCAGGCUUUUCUUUGGUUGUGGUGGCAAUUGUUAGCAUCAUUUGUUUACUUAUUUUAUCCUCUGCUGGCGGUUUCAUAGGAAUUUGGAUUGCUUUGACCAUCUAUAUGGGUCUUAGAGCAUCUGUUGGUUUUUUGAGGAUUGGAACUGGAUCAGGACCUUGGGAGUUGACAGUGACAGCACCCGGGGCCAUCCUUGGUGUCAACUCCAUUGUGCUUGGUGGAUUGGUUUUAAAUGAUCCACUUCUGAUAAGCCACUAA